AUGUGCAGGCCCAUUGAGAUCCCUCAGCCCAGUUUUGAUCAGCCCAAUCCGGAUCAGCCCAAUCCUGAUCCAUAUGUUGAGGAUUACCCAACACAGUGUGAUGAAUGGGCUGGGCACGUUGGGGGCUCUUGUUACCCAAGCAUUCCCGUGAAUCAGUCAACCAUGGGUCCCCCUGUGAUGCAAGGCUCUAUGGACGACCUCUCAUGUCUCGCCCCACUUACCCGCCUCCAGAUGCUCACCCUCUCGAAUCUCAACCUGACUGCUGGAGCGCUUCCUUCCUCUCUCUCUGCACUUACUUCACUGAGCCUUCUUGACCUAAGUUUCCUUCGCAUCACCCGCUUACCGAAAUGGAUCAGUUCACUCUCCAGGCUUGCCUAUCUGGACGUCACUGGCACCUUUGACGUCCACCGCAUCGCACCAUUCCCCACCGAAUGGAUGGCGCUCUCCGGGCUGGUCGCUUUGCGGGCCAGUCUGAAUGGCUUCACUGGCUCUAUUCCAUCCACCAUCUCCGCCCUCACCUCCCUCUCUAACCUGGAUCUCAGUAACAACAACCUUUCAGGGAGCAUCCCUGCUGGCAUCAGCAACCUCACUUCGCUGGAAUAUCUGCGGCUCUCCCACAACAAUCUCACCGGCGCCAUUCCACCCCUCACUCACGGACCCUUCCAAACCAUAGAUCUUUCCCACAAUCACCUCACCACCUUGCCUCCUAACAUCAGUAGUGCCUCGGAGAUCAAUCUGAGCCACAACGACCUUAAGGGGGUUGUGCCCGCCUAUGGCUUCGACCUCAACUUAAAGAACAUAGACCUCAGCUACAAUCCUCUCAGUGAAAUCUCGGGUGGGCUUUUUGUAGACCACUCAGUGGCUGUAGUGGAUUCACUGAAUUUCUCAUCAUGCAACUUCUCAGGCCCCUUUCCAUCGCUGGCUGAUAUAAGAGUAACAAACAUUGACGUGUCUAACAACAGCUUCACUGGACCCUUCCCCGACGUUCUCCGAAAUGUUGACGCCUUCAGCUACCUAACAAACAUCAACCUCGCACACAACAACUUCACGGGACUUCUUCCACCAAAUAUCUAUGGCAUGUUCAUGUUGGAAAAUCUGAACAUCUCCCACAACCGCUUUUCUGGCGUUGUUCCAAGUGCCAUUUGGAGCUUGCUUCCCCUGAGGUCCCUCGCCAUGGCUCACAACCAGCUCCAGGGGUCUCUUCCUACUGUAAUGGAUUUCGUAAAGCUCACUGUUCUUGAGCUUCAAGGCAAUGCAUUCUCCGGCCCGGUACCCGACCUUGCAUCUUGGAAAUUCACAUCUCUUCUUGUUCUCGAUGUGAGCGACAACCAGCUCAAUGGCUCCCUCCCUGACUCCAUCUCCCGCCUCCUGACGCUGCAGCACCUGGGCCUUGGAGGCAACAACUUGAGUGGCCCCAUACCUGCGGGCCUGGGUGGACUUAUCGAGCUGACGUCCCUGAACAUCUCAGGCACACGGCUGACCUGCCCUGCAGUCGGCAGCAAGUGUGUGGUGCAGCAAGCCAGUAACUCCAGCUUCUGCCGCCUCUGCUCCUCCUUCUGCUCCUCCUGCACGCCCCGUGCAU